AUGCUCCUGGACAGCACCAAUGGCGACGUGAGUGACUCGGUCAAACUCUGGAGUCAUCCUCAUCCAGAGUCGACGGAGUUUUUUGCUUUCCAACAGCACGUUGCGAAAAAGCACAACAUCUCCGCAUCCUCUUACAAUGACCUUUGGCAAUGGAGCGUGAAUCAUCCCGGCGCGUUUUGGGAGGAAAUAUGGCACUAUACUGGGAUAAAGGCCAACAAGCAGUAUGAUUCCGUUCUCGAUGAAUCGUCUCCCAUGUUCCCUAAACCGGCUUUCUUUCCUGAAUGUGAAUUGAACUUUGCUGAGAAUUUGCUGUUCCCUGCUUCAAACCCUCCGUCAGACUCACUCGCUAUCAUCGCAACCACAGAAAACACACGUGAACAAGUGACGUGGUCAGCGCUGCGAGAGCGCGUUCGAGAAUGCGCCUCAGCGAUGGAAGCACAUGGACUGAAGAAAGGAGACCGAGUUGCUGGAUAUCUGGCCAAUCAUGCAAAUUCUGUGGUCGCGAUGCUUGCAGCGACCUCUUUGGGUGCAUUGUGGUCUGGUGUUAGCCCUGACACGGGCGUCCAUGCUGUUCUCGAUCGACUCGGUCAAAUCGAACCUGUUCUUCUUUUCGCUGACAACGCGGUCACAUACAAUGGUAAGGUCCACGAAACUCACAGCAAAGUAUCGCAAGUCGUCUCAGAGCUGCCAUCUGUUCGCAAUCUUGUUAUAUUCGAAACCGUUUCGAAGCACGCAUUCGAUCUCACAACUGUGGACAGACAGCCCAAUACGACGGUGGAGACGUACUCUUCAUUCCUAGCCAAGGGCGACCCUUCCAGACCGCUGUGCUUCGCAUACCUUCCUCCAGACCAUCCGGUCUAUAUCCUAUACUCUUCCGGUACCACGGGAGCACCGAAACCAAUUGUGCACGCUUCACUGGGUACACUUCUCCAGCACAAAAAGGAACACCAAAUACACUCCGAUAUUAGACCUGGAGAGAGGCUAUUUUAUUUCUCCACGGUAACCUGGAUGAUGUGGCAUUGGCUAGUGUCAGGUCUGGCUAGCGGAGCAACUAUCGUCCUGUACGACGGCUCUCCAUUCCAACCACACAAAGAAAUGAGCUUGCUACUCUUGAUCGAUGAGCUCGGAAUAAACCAUUUUGGGACAUCUGCCAAAUAUCUCUCCGUCCUGGAACAGGCACAUAUCUUUCCUAGAGAAGCGUCUCCCAAGAGCGCCACUCUGAAGUCUCUCAAAUCCAUAUUCUCUACUGGGUCCCCUCUUGCACCUAGCACCUUUCACUAUGUAUACAAAAAUCUUUCUCCACCGCCACCCCUUCCGGGAGUUCUCCUUGGCUCCAUCACUGGCGGCACAGACAUCAUUUCCCUCUUUGGCGCUCCAUGUCCCAUUCUCCCCGUGUAUGCAGGCGAAAUCCAAUGUCGAGGUCUCGGAAUGGCGAUCAAAAGCUUCUCUCCAGAUGGUGCUGACAUCACCGCUACAGGCCAGCCCGGCGAGCUGGUCUGCACAGUACCAUUUCCCUGUCAACCGCGUAUGUUCUGGCCUCCAGGUCCCGGCGCUGAGGCACGUUACAAAUCCUCGUACUUCGAGGUCUUUACGGACCCCAAGUCAGGCCACCCGAUCUGGCACCAUGGUGAUUUCGUUCGCUUCAACCCAUCGACCGGUGGAAUCUGGAUGCUUGGUCGCUCGGAUGGUGUUCUCAACCCUAUGGGUGUCCGCUUCGGAUCGAGCGAGAUCUACAAUAUCCUGCUCAAGUACUUCAAGACGGAAGUCGAAGAUGCUCUAUGUAUUGGCCGCAAGCGGGAACAGGAUCCAGACGAGGUAGUCGUCUUAUUCCUAAAGAUGUCCCACGGGCAGAAAUUUUCCAACGACCUCACGGGGAGGGUGCAAAGCGUGGUUAGGAAGGAACUGAGCGCCCGACAUGUACCCAGGAUCGUGGAUGAGUGUCCCGAAAUUCCAGUGACAACGAACGGGAAGAAGGUCGAAGGUGCAGUUAAGCAGAUUCUCAGCGGUAUGAAUAUCAAAACUAGUGCGAGCGUGGCAAACAAUGCUUGUCUGGAUUGGUACAGGGAAUGGGCGAAGGCACAUUGA